CAUCACAACGCCCUCCAAUCUCUCAUUUGCGUUUACGACUCCGUCACAAGGAGCAGCACACGGAAUACGGAGUGCACAGAGAAUCCCCAAUGGCGGCGGCAGCGGCGGCGGCGGAUGCGGAAAGGAAGCAGAUGUUGCUACUGAACAAUCACAGAGAGAAGCACUUCACGGCCGGAGAAGUUGUACGUGACAUCAUCAUUGGGGUAUCGGAUGGCCUCACCGUCCCCUUCGCGCUUGCUGCCGGCUUGUCCGGCGCCAAUGCCUCCUCCUCCAUCAUCCUCACCGCCGGCAUAGCCGAGGUUGCUGCGGGAGCCAUCUCAAUGGGCCUUGGCGGGUAUUUGGCUGCUAAGAGUGAGGCAGAUCACUAUGCCAGAGAGCUGAAAAGGGAGCAGGAAGAGAUCAUAGCAGUGCCUGAUACAGAGGCUGCUGAGGUAGCUGAGAUAUUGUCACAGUAUGGGAUCGAGGCACAUGAGUACACUCCAGUGGUGAAUGCUCUUAGGAAGAAGCCACAGGCCUGGCUUGAUUUCAUGAUGAAGUUUGAGCUAGGCUUGGAGAAGCCGGACCCAAGAAGGGCGUUGCAGAGUGCGUUCACAAUCGCCUUUGCCUACAUUGUUGGUGGCAUAGUCCCCCUUGUCCCUUACAUGAUCAUCCCAGUGGCAAGAGAAGCAGUCGUAGCAUCAGUCAUUGUAACCUUAGUCGCGCUCCUCAUAUUUGGUUAUGCAAAAGGUCACUUCACAGGCAACAAACCUUUCAAGAGUGCCCUUCAGACUGCAUUCAUCGGAGCUGUUGCUUCCGCAGCAGCAUUUGGCAUGGCUAAGGUUGUCCAGGGAUAGGCAGACAGCACAUUUAUAUUAUAGUACUGCGUACUAUAUUACCAGGUUAUGGUAACAUUGUUUUCUUAAAUUUCUAAUGAUAAAAUAGUGGGAAAUUGCAGUAUUUUCUCUAAAUAUAAAGAGAUUAGUACUGUUUGAUAUUUUCCUCAUCAUCUCUUUUGCAAUCUUUUACUUACUCUUUUAGAACUUUUGCAAGGAACCUUGUCCACUG